GGGAGACAGGGGGUCUGGAGGAAUAAGAUGGGAAGUGAACUGAAAAACCCUAGUAAGAAGCCUCUGCCAAACCCUAAUUGGGCUCAGCUUCGGCAGAAGCUGAAUCAUGGAGCCAAGGUUGUCUCCAAGAGCGUGCUAGGAAAGCGAAAGGAGAGAGAUACCCUAAAAGAGGAUGAACCUCGUCCUAAUCCUCUUAUUCCCACCUCGUCGGAUUUCAGUGUUACAGAUGCUGUAGCCAUGGAUUGUGAAAUGGUUGGUGUUAGUCCUCUGGGUAAUAAAAGCGCACUUGGCCGAGUCACAGUGGUAAAUAAGUGGGGAAACGUUGUCUAUGAUGAAUUUGUUCGGCCACUGGACCAAGUAGUUGAUUUUCGAACACAUAUUAGUGGGAUUCGACCUCGAGAUUUGAGAAAAGCAAAACAGUUUAAUGUUGUUCAGAAGGAAGUGGCUGAGUUGAUUAUAGGAAAAAUCCUAGUUGGACAUGCCUUACGCAAUGACUUUAAGGCAUUGUUGUUGAGUCAUUCAAAGAAGGAUGUGCGAGAUACAGCAGAAUAUCAACCUUUUCUCAAGGAUGGUCGAAGUAGGGCUCUUCGACAUCUUGCAGCUGAGUUUCUCGGUGCAGAUAUCCAAAAUGGGGAGCAUUGUCCGGUAGAAGAUGCCCGAGCAGCCAUGUUGCUGUAUCAGAAUCAUAAGAAGGAAUGGGAGAAACGAGUGAAAGACAUGACCAAGCUCAAACUAAAGCAGAAAAAGAGAAAAAACAAAAAGAAGACCAAUAAAGAAUAGGCUUUAGUAGUAGUUAAGGGCAUCAUCACAAAGUAUGAAAUUUCUGACAUGUUUGUUUAUUAUCAAUAGAAUUUUGUACAUGAAUUUUGUUCAACUUAUAUUGUUGUUAAAAUUUUGUAUUGUAGUUUGAGGGUGGUUACUACUACUUUCUUUCACUAUGAUUUAUUUCACUUAUUAAGAGACUAUAUAAAGCUUUUUUAUUUGA